AGCUCUCCGCUGCCGCCUGCUCUGUGACUCGGCAGUGGAUUAGUUCGGUCUAUUCCCCGGUGUGUUGUCGUUGUUUUGCCGUUAGCAUCGCCGACGUCUCUGGACUGUUUUUACCUCCAGCUAACCGACGGGAAGCAUUAACCGGCGUGUCUCCUGGAUAAAUAAUCCCCGUCAGGAAUCAUGUCCACCGCCCUGGAGAGCUACAUCAACCGAACUGUGGCCAUCGUGACGUCAGACGGCAGAAUGAUCGUGGGCACUCUGAAGGGUUUCGAUCAAACCAUCAACCUGAUCCUGGACGAGAGCCACGAGCGAGUGUUCAGCUCCAGUCAGGGGGUGGAGCAGGUGGUGCUGGGACUCUACAUCGUCAGAGGAGACAACGUGGCCGUGAUCGGAGAGAUCGACGAAGAGACCGACUCCACUCUGGAUUUAGGAAACAUCAGAGCUGAGCCGCUCAACUCAGUCGCCCACUGACUCCUGACUCCUCCUCUUCCCCUCUUACACACACCCUCCGUAGUCACGGAAACGGAUGAGAGCAUGACUCAGUGUGUCUGCUAACAGACUCCUUCACACACUGAUUUUUCUGUUUGUAUUUUUUUAUAAAUAAAGAUUUGUUGUUAGAUUCACUUUU